CCUCUAUCCACUCACCACCACCAGAAUUUUCCUUCCACGGUGAGAUAUUAUGACCUCACUUCCCAAACAUUGGACUUCAUUCUGGGAAUUUCCCCAGGCACAGGCUUUUACACCACCCGCGGCAUGGAACCGAAUCACGAGGCACCACUUGAUCCUAAUGUGUUCUGUCUCUAUCCGUGGCUUUUCCGUCUUUACGGUAAAGAGAGCGGAUACAUUGAAGCGGCUACUGAUGAACCCGACUCUUUACCGAUCCUCGCAGGUCGAAAAACCGGACAUGACACACCCAAACAGCCUCGAUUACCGCAAGGCCGUCAAAUAUAUCCGUCCAGGCUCGUCAGCCCGUAUAUGAAAGUCGAAGCACAAGACCGAACUCUAGCAGUGCCCGAGUAUACGGUCAUAUCCUAUACGUGGGGGCGGUGGAUGCUAAAGGACAGAGGCCAGGACACGACCCUGGCUGGAUGCCACUGGAAGAUCCCAGCCACGUCACUGUUCUCCAGGCAGCAACUAGAGACAGCUGCCUUACAUAUUUCAGGCGGUCACCAUUUCUGGUUGGACGUGUUUUGCAUUCCUCAGGAUGACGAUGACCCCGAGAAAGCCCGCGAAAUUCAGAAACAGGGCGAUAUCUUUGCGAACGCCAGCCGCGCAGCAGUCUGGCUAUGUUCGGGAGGGGAAGACGUUCUACGGGACAUUUGCUCGUGGACCGAUCCUGAUUUUGUUCGACCAGCCCUCAGACUAGCGCCGACUGCCGAAAACCGAAUGGCUGAGGAGACCACGCGUCGUUUGCGAGUUAUCCGGUCCAUUCGAACCGCAAUCCCGUGGACGACAUCUCUUUGGACCUUACAAGAGACGGCUCUCCGACGAGACGCAGUUUUUCACGAUCGAGACGGCGUGAUAAUAGCACAUCCGGAGACGGGACUGCCUCUAAUCGUGGACGACCUCGUACGAUCGAUGACCCAAAUCGAGAUCGAACUGCGCAUCUUUUCAACCAUUACAAGCUGGAUGAACGCCGAGGAUAGGGAACUUUUUGAUUCGGCAACACAGGAUGUUCAAGCGAUAGCGAUAGGUCACCUCGACAACAUGAACGCGCGGGAACUGUAUCUGGCGUCGCGCUACAGGGUGUGUCAACGCGAGCAUGACCGUGUCUACGCGAUCAUGAAUGCGCUAAGCGUAUCCAUCCCCGUCGAUUACAAAGCGCCUGUCGAACUCGUGAAGAGGGAAUUCAAUCUAGCACUGUGGAGAAAGUAUCCAGCAGAGAUGCAAAGCUACCUUACCGUUCUUACCGAGCCACUGGACCUCUCCUUGGAAUUCGGCUUAGCGAAGCGAAGUCUUUCGCAAAUGCGCCAGAUGGUCGAUUGGACCAGUUCAGCCACGAUAUUUUCGGACUUCACGAGCGAUGGCUACUUUGUCGUGAGCGGUGCGCUGUUUCUACGACCCGCUGAUAUCGACGAUAUUUGCGAUCGCAUCACUGGUUGGUCGGCCGCUAUCUGCUUUGAUGACCGCGGCCAGGCUCGAUCUCCUCUUCCAGAGCACGUGAAGAUCCAACAACGGAGGACAGCCGCCAACCUGAGAUGUAUUGCUGAUUUCAGGCCGAUAGUUUUGAUCCCGUUGGGUCGACUGGAAGCCACUUCACACACUGGACCGAACUUCGCUUAUGUUCUCUGCAUAAGCAACAAGGUGGAACAAGGGUCAAAAUUUUUACUUUCUAGAAUCGGGCUCUUGGUUGUGAAGGAGGCUCUCGUUGCUCAGAGUAUGGAGAUGUCGCUACCGGCACUAUUUCGACCCGAUCUCUACGACACAUAGACAGUGUUAUGACAUCUCUACGGCAGUGGUUCAAGAAACGUUUCAAUCAAAAAAAUCACGACGGCGGCUUAAACUCGAUUUAUGGAUAGCAAGAACUCUUACGAGGGUUUAGAGGGUCGUUGCCGCAUCCCCUGCCCUUGUGGAGCCUCCUCUGUACCGAGCUCCGCGCGUUCCCAGAUCGAGGCGGAUUCAUAUCCAUGUCUGACAGAGUCGGCUUCAAGCGCCUGGGUCUUUAUUCCGUCUUCGAUCUGCUCGUCUUCAGGGUCAAUGCUGCCGUAGACAGUGCAUUCCUCGUCGAGCAAAAGAGGCGAUCGGACUUCCCGAAGGAUGCGAUUGUCUGUCAUGA